AUGGAGAGCUUCGACGACGUGACCCUGAUCGGCCCAGUAUCAGACCCCGCAAUACACGACGAACAUAUUCCCUCCAAUAAUGAAACAACUACAAGGAAACCAGACGUGGAAUCGGGUGGCACCCCCACCUCUAGUCAGUCGGUGAAUGCCCCAAUCGAGGGAGCUGGUCCCGAGAUAGAGGCACCAACAAUAUCGACUGAGUUUCCUCCAGAAGAAGGCGAUGAAGAGCCUCAUGUUGCGACCUCCUUUGAGCGCGAGUCACCUACUUCUGCGCAAAAGCACCGAUUGGGACUGGAGGGCGAAGAUGAGAUUAAUCGAUUGCAUAAGUUCACCCUCUACGAGACUGCGACGAGAUUCUACAUGGUCGGCAUCAACCUAUCCGAGACGCGUUUCCGAAUUUUGAAAAUUGAUCGCACCACGGAGGAGUUGAGCAUCAUUGAGGAUGAUGUGAUUUACACAAAAAGAGAAAUGGUCCAGCUACUUGACGCUAUCGAUGAUGGCAACAAGAGCACCGGUGGUCUGAAUCAGAAAUGUAGUGCAUGGGCAUUGCUCGGCUUUAUUCAAUUCACGGGCGCAUAUUACAUGCUUCUUGUCACAAAGAGAAGCCAGGUAGCCAUGCUAGGUGGUCAUAAUGUCUACCAGAUCGAUGAGACAGAACUCAUCUCAUUGACAACAUCAUCACGCCUCAAACCAGAGAACCAGCCAGAUGAGGAAAGGUAUAAGGCUAUUUUAAAUAAUCUUGAUCUCACCCGGUCAUUCUAUUUCAGCUACUCCUACGACAUUACACGGUCAUUGCAGCACAAUAUUUGCCGCGAACGCAAAGCCUAUCAGAAUGGGCAACCUCGAUUUUUACCACAGGACUACCCACAGGACUACAACAUCAUGUUUGUUUGGAACAACCAUCUCCUUGCUCCAGCAAUCGCGGCUCUAAAAAAUCCAUUUCAAUGGUGCCUCCCAAUUAUUCAUGGAUAUGUCGACCAGAGUAAAAUGAGCGUGUUUGGAAGAGUGGUAUACAUUUCGAUCAUUGCUCGACGGUCUAGACUCUUUGCUGGUGCACGUUUUUUGAAGCGUGGUGCUAAUGAUCUGGGAUAUGUGGCCAAUGACGUGGAAACUGAGCAAAUUGUUUCUGAGCAAACCACAACAUCCUUCCACUCUGCAGGCCCGACACUUUAUGCGAAUCCUCAUUACACCUCAUAUGUCCAGCAUCGUGGGAGUAUUCCCCUUCAUUGGACACAAGAGGGCGUCUCGCCAAAGCCUGACAUCGAACUCAGUCUCAUCGAUCCAUUCUACUCUGCAGCAGCGUUGCAUUUUGAUAAUCUAUUUGAGAGAUAUGGAGCACCGAUUUACAUUCUAAACCUCGUCAAGGCUCGUGAAAGGACACCAAGAGAGUCAAAACUUCUCAAAGAGUUCACUAAUGCAGUAGAAUAUCUCAACCAGUUUUUGCCUGCGGACAAAAAGCUAAUAUAUAAAGCGUGGGAUAUGAGUCGCGCAGCGAAAAGUCGAGAUCAAGAUGUCAUACAGACUCUCGAGGGGAUUGCUGGAGACAUCAUUCCCAAGACAGGAUUUUUCAAAAACGGGGGUGUUGAAUCAGGCCUACAACUUCAGAAUGGCGUAGCGCGAACUAACUGUAUCGACUGCCUGGAUCGAACAAAUGCAGCGCAAUUUGUCAUUGGAAAACGAGCCCUCGGGCAUCAGCUUCACGCUCUUGGUGUCAUCGAUAAGACAACAGUUGAGUAUGAUACGGAUGCCGUCAACCUGUUCACGAACAUGUGGCACGAUCAUGGCGAUACGAUUGCCAUUCAAUAUGGAGGAUCCCAUUUGGUUAACACCAUGGCUACAUACCGUAAAAUUAAUCAGUGGAGUAGCCAUUCGCGCGAUAUGGUGGAAAGCUUUAAGCGAUACUACAAUAACUCUUUCCUCGAUGCCCAGCGACAAGAGGCUUACAAUCUUUUCCUCGGCAACUACAUCUUCUCACACGAUGCCCCAAUGCUUUGGGAUCUUUCCACCGAUUACUACCUUCAUCAUGGAAACCCCAGAUUACAAAAAAAGCGACCAAAUUAUAUCUCCUGGUACACGCCCGAAAAUUUGAAAGAGCGAGAGAUUCCUCCGGCCCCAGCUCAGCCCAAAGAGCCUCUCUCCCGUUUUGAUGAUUACUGGCUGGAAUACUACCGUCCACUCGCACUAUCCACGCUCUCCAAGAUCUACGCCUACAAGAUGAACUCUACUCUCCGCUAUCUGCCGCACAUUCGUGGGGGCAAUGUUACUCCAGAUCUCAGUCCAUUCGUCCCACGCAUACCUCAAGACCAGGUCCAGCGCGAACGCGACCGUCCACAGCGAACAGUAAAGAUCCAAGAACCAACAAACAGCCACUCUCCAGUAUCGGCUCCACAAAGUGUCCAACCACCCUCCUCGUCUAAACAACCGCCCUCGGUCGGCAUCAUCAAAGAACCGGCCUUUGAGUUAUAUCAGGGAAACCGCAUCCCGCCCAUAUCGAAAACCUCAAACACUCCGAGCAAAGCAGAGAUUGCUCAAUGGACACUUGGACAAUUAGUCACCGACUCCUUGAACCCAUCUGUCACCGCAACGGAGGCAGAGGAAUACCAACGAUACAUCAACCACCCUCUCAAAGUCCCCCUGGUCGUGACUUCCGAAGAUGAAGUGACAGCUGCCUCGCCGAACCUCGAUCUUCUGGAAUAUGCGAAUAAGUGCAACGUCGAGGACGCAGUCCUUGAAGCUAGUGCAGCGGGAAACAUGGCUGAUUAUGAGGAGUUUCUCAAUGUUUCAGAGGACCCGGAGGGACUUACGGUUGUCAGCGAGGACUAUGAGAAGAAGAGGUACAAGAGGUACAGACAGUGGUUGCGAGGAAAGAGUCUUUUCAAGCAACGUGUUGAUACGUGA